GCUUUUGAUUGGUCCAGGUGUUCACCAAGCUGCACCGCCCCACCGAAUGGGUUGUGACGCCAUGUUCGAUAAUUCUCCCACGCCUCAACACCAACACGCGUAUCGCCUACCAGUACCUGCACGAUGUUCUGGCCCUAUCCGUGAGAGAGUACGCCUUGCUCAUUCGUUUAGAUAUCAACAAACUACGCCAUGUCGGACGAAAAGGCUCUUCUAGUCAUUGCUCCUAGUGGCGACCUUAUUCUUGAUGUGUCGCAAGAAGAGGGUAGCCAACGGUACUCCUAUCGAGUGGACUCGGAAACUCUGCAGAAGAACUCGCGGUAUUUCGAGAACCUCCUUAGCGAACGCUUCAGCGAAGGCCAGAAACUUGCUGCAGCCCUGAAAGAUCUAAAGCUUGCGGGGCACGUAAGUCUUGAGGAUGCGCCUGUAGAGAGCCUACCGCGGAUACCGAUCAUCAAUGCUGGCCGUAUUGCCAUCUCCAAGGCGUCGUCAAUAUGUAACCUUGUCGCAGACUUCCUCCGCGCCAUUCAUGGCCUUGACCUUGCCGUUCCGAGUCCGCCCGUCGCGAACAUCGCCAACUUAGCCAUUGUUGCCGAUCGUUUCGAUGCUGUCCAGUGUGUAGCAGGAUAUGUACAGAGAAAGAAAUAUCUGCAGUUGACAGAAGCGAAGUCGAAAGGGCGAGCGAGCCCAGCUCUGACGGAGGAACGUGUGCGCCAGAAGCUCCUGAUCGGUUUACUUCUCGACCACCCGCCAUGGGUGACGCGUUAUACGAAGCACUUGAUCAUGCGCGAUUCGGUGCAAUGGCGACCCGAUACCGAGGAGGAUCACACAAAAGCGUUAUGGUGGGAUAUACCAAAUGGGGUAGAAGACGAGAUGAUACAGCGAAGAGAGUACAUUCUAGAGACUAUCAACUCUCUUCAGGCGCAUUUCCUCAGAUUGUACACAUCUGGAGACCGGCAGUGCAAGCUAGGCUAUGACACAUCGCUACAGUGCGACUCAUUUCAAUUGGGGGAAAUGAUACGGUUUUUCACCAAGAUUGAUACGCUGCGCAUGCAGGGCAAGAUCUACGACAACACCGAGCCAACAUAUUACCAGGGCGACAUUGAGCGUUUGCUAUCGACGCUGCGCCAGACUUCCAGCUACCAGAUUGACAGUAACCACGCCCAUUGCGGGCUUCGAGUGCGGCUCAUGCCCUUGCUAGACAUGUUGCAGGACCACCUGAGUCUGAGUACCGGUAACUCGGACAUUGGCGUCUGCGGGGAAUGUUGGGCGAGUCACCGUGCCGAAUACGCCUGGAGUACAGCGAAACGUCCUGUUCUAUGGACAGUCCCUCGUCACCUCUCGACUUCACGAACGGUUGUAGCCAAGAAGCAGCAAAAUAUGCUUGGGGGUUGUCUAGGAAGGCAUCUAGCCGCCAGGGAUCUGUUCAUGGCUGUUGAAAAGAAUUGGACGGAUGCACAUGUUGGAGGUCCUGCGCUUGGCUGGUCAAAUAUGAGCCUUAGCCUGGACCCAAGGAUUACCGGAAGACGGUAACGCAGACUUCAGGGCCUCAUUUGUGAGGAAUUUGGACGUUAUCAGGCCCUUUGUCUAAGGCUAUAUUU